AAUCCAUCCCAUCUGCACUGCAAAAGAAGUAGCUACACGAAAGUCUGGACAAUGGUUGUUUUAAAACCCCUUAGACAGCAUUAUUUCACCAGUAACUUCGCAUGUAAACUAUCUCUCCAUCCGGGUGACCUGCUGCCAACCUUACUCGGAACGCAGGUGGACUACGGCAACAAUUCUUCGACUCCAUCCAUUGCAUCUCCGAAGAAAAACAGCACUAACCCCACCUAAAGGGCGAACCAUCGAACGUAUAUGGUGCAGCUAUCUGUCUCACGAAUCCUGUGUCAGACUCUGCAUGUGGAGUCGCCCCGCGGUAUACCAGAGCUUCAACUCUAGUUCAUUGGACGGCCUCACAUUUCAAUUUCGGAGAAAAGAUCAAAUGAUAUAUAAAUAACGUAAGCGAUAAGCCGGAAUCUUGACAGUUAAUAGGAUUCGAUUCGAGGCGGUGCAGUGGCCUGGGAAGUGAAGCGUUGUUCGCGCGGAUGCCUUGUAGAGGGGGGUGAACCGGCCUACACACUUUCGAGGGCUUCGAUCCGCACUCCUCUCCUAGGCUCCGCAAGAUCAGGGGGUUUGCACGAUGCAAGAUAAGAUGUCAUCUGAUGCAAUGCUGCUAUCUCGUUUGAACUCCACCAUCAGGCUGGGAAUCAAGAGUCCAUGCCAUUUCACAAGCCCGCAACUGGCAUCCUUGUGGCGAGCCUAGGGAUGCUUCAUUCAUAGUUAAUUGACUCUUGGAACGAAGGUGUCAACUACCUUGGGAAGCUUCUCGAUCCCAGGAAGACUAGGACAAGUGCAAAGUGCCUACCCUGCACGCCACAGUCGAUUCAAGGGGCGAGAAGAGAAAUGAACGGAAAUGUUGGGGAAUGCAGAAGGUCACUCACUCCAAGGUCUUAGCCAAAAUGCUCCAAGAUCUGCAUUUGCUAGGCUCCGAUUCGAGUCUGCUUUGCCCUCAAGAAUAGGUCGGAUUUCCAGGCUUGACUGAGGCGCUUCUUGACGUGCUGGUGACGAGAGUCAUGGUUAUUCCCGCGGAUUGGCGGAGAGAAACCAUUCCAUUCCCCUGAUAGCAAUAAUAAUAGUCUGAGAUGCGUUAAUACCCUAAUUCCGUAGAAGAAUAAUAUUCUGUCCAUAGCAUGAGUAGCGCUACUCCGCAGUUGGUCUACAUAAACCGCUGACGUUGUUGCGGAAUGGCUGGAUGUUGGCGAAAAAUACUACUCCAAGUGUCCAGAUUAGGAAAUCUCCCGAGUCCCGCCCAACCUCAGCCUCAAAUAUGUAGUUGUUGAAAACAGCCAGGGUUGGACAUCGCAGGAUUUCCGGCAUACUUUAAACACCGAAUCAGACAGUCUCAUGCAGCGUGCGAGAACAGUAAUAAUAAUGUUUACUUUGCCACCCGAGAUACCAAUAUGUCCUCCAUCUGCUGGUUGUGUCACGGAGACGGCCGGCUCUCUCAAUCAACCUAGCCCAUACGCUAUCCAGGUGUGAUUCCAAACGCUCCAUGACAGACUAUCAUUGACCCGGAUUGUCGGGAAGCGGCGUCAGACCGGUAUCUGCCUGAUUGAUAUUCGGCAGGGGAAGCAUUCAGGCUUGAGCUAUUCUGUCACCAGAGAUGACCCACGCCGCCUAGGCACGCCAGGACGAGAAAGCCUCAAUAACCCGGACUUAAGGCUGCUGUCCAUCGGGUGAAUUUGAUGCAUCCCCCUUACUUACUACGGCACGCAAACGAGAGAUGCGUUUGCGAAAUGCAUCUGAAGAUGCGCAGAGGUCGAACAGAGGAAUUUCAAGCGGGCCGUAACCUGGGCUUCCUGUUGGCGCUGCCCCGUUUGCGAUCAUUAUUGCUGCGUUCCCAGGUUGCUGCCCUUUGGAGCCUUUGAGGUCGCCAAGUUUUCAGGGGGUCAGAGCGAACAGAACCUGGUCUUGGUUAAUUUGUGCACUCAACUGAUUUUAGUCUCGACUCCAAACCGGCCCCACAACCCCCGAUCCCGCGAUCGAACCUUGCAGAUUUUGUCUGGAUGUCCCAAUAAUGUGCCAAAAUCUCUCCAAGGCCCCAGCCAAAGUGGAACUCUGGAGGCGGGACAACCCGACAAGGGGCCCCGAAAUAACCUUCAUAAUUGGAGGCGGAUACAGCGGUUGGACCAGGAUCUAGAUAUCCCUUGCCCUGAGGCUUGAGCAACUUCGAUCUGGAUCCGUGACGGAUUCUGCGGAUCCAUGUAAUGAUGCUUACUGGGCUCGUGUUCUUCAGUUCUGUACAGACAUUGGGCAGCCCAACUUGAAGAGCGCGCUCUAUUGAACUAGGCCUUCGGGAUCACUAUUCAAUGAUGGGUUUACAACCUUUUGGGAGCGUUGAAGUCCCUAGAGGAAAUAGGAAACAGGAGAUCAAAUGGCGGAGGACAACCAUGUACUGUACAUGUACCUCUGCUUGAAAGAAAAAGGACGGCAUUUAAUUUUGAUUCGAGAAUCAGCUAAAUGUACCCUCCUUUUUCUUAUUGAACGAGAUGCCACGCUGACGGUGGCGUUUCCCCCAAACUCUUGUGUUAAAUCUCGCCAUGACCGUGGAGCCUCCGUAUUUUCCAGGGAAGGACCAGUUCCCUUCCAACACCUGCGACAACUCUCGAGACUACUCUUGAAGCUCCCGCACGGUCCCUCUGCAUUCAUUGUCGGUCUCUUGGCGGGUGCUACGAAUCAUUCUUGCUCCCCGAACACCCUGAUCGCCCCCCAUUUAGUUCGAGCACUGGUCGGUGGAUCCCACUCUAUCAAUGAGAAGUUAGUUUAGCCUCCAACAAUAAUCAAGUGGAACUGCCGGAUCACACUGCAGUUGGAGGGGUAGUAGAGCCGGGGAAGAUGAAGUAGCCCCCCGUGGAGCCGUGUCGCUUGUGUUUCUUGGACAUCACUACUUGUUUUGAACGACCGCCACUGUCUUGCUAGCAGAUCAAGGUCCUCAUGUACCUCUCGCUCCAGCUGGCAAUGAACUUACUGCACGGACAUGCCCUCGACGUAUUUAUCUGCCUCAUUCCCCGUCCUCCAACAUCUGAUUUCAUCACUUUUCUACAAUAGCAUGCCAAAUAUCGCUAGCAUCGUUAUCCUGACGAAACGUUCUACCUAACAUCGAGUCGACAUCUACUCCCCAUUUUCAGCCAAGAAAGAACGAACUCACUCUGCGUCCAGAUAUCUCGGAACUGGGGGAUCCUGUCAGUACAUUACGCUCCUAAUAAUCGACUUGGUUUUUCAUGGUGUAUUGGGAGGUCGUGUCGAUUAUCCAUUGUUCAUCCGUCAUAUCUCUUGGUUCUAGUAAAUUCUGUUCUUCCUGUUUGCCCCUCACUUCAUCACUCUGGGGAUCCCUGUGCUGUCUAUUACGGAUCGCCUUGGGACCGAUCAUCGUAUAUCUCGUCUUUGGCUUGGGACAGCUAAGGGAAAUCAGUACAUACGUUAUAUGUGCUACGUGCCUAAACCCUAACCGAUUGUCGAAUAAAAUAUUGGAAGGCCUGCUUCAGCACUAUGGUUGUCAGACCCGCGCCCACCGCUUCAGACUCUCAACUGAAAUCUGGCAACGGUGAAUCGAUGGAGGGAACUCAAUCUUGGGAGUCCCCACCCGAUGUGUUCACAGUUGAAUCCCGUUCAGCAAUCCACAUUCCAUACCGACAUUAUGCCCUGGCAUAUCUUGAUCCGUCUGGGAAUGUCCGGUGUGAAUUAUCUCCGUCUAUGCACCACCACAAGAGUGAAAUAUUUCUUCCGGACUUUGAAAACGGGUUCAUACAGCGCGCCUCCCAGGCGAUAUUUCCAGGCCAGUCAAAUAUAAACCCGGCGUCCAGUUCAAAAGCCAGACGACCCCGAUAUCUGUCUUCCCUCAGAGAUAUGCCUGCGCAGAAGCGCCAGCGAUUGGCGUAUACGGUUAAUGGAGCCUCUGAGGAGGAAGACGACGACGAAUUUGAAGACCAUCCUGUGAACAAGAUUGGUUUGCCUAUCGGUGAUGAGGAAAGAAUGAUGGCUUAUUACGCAGAAGCCUUCAGAGCCUUUCAGCAGAUUAACUGUCGCCAGGUCGCAAAGGCUUAUAUCAAGCUCAUUGAGCCCCGGAAGCAGGCAAAGCAUCCGUAUAACGGAGGAAAAGCAGCACCCGGAGAGACUAGAGAUCCCGAGAAAACUAAGCCAGAGUGGUGGCCUGCUGACGUGAUUCAUAAAGAACCUGACCAUCUGAGGAAAAUACCCCGGGUGAAACUCCUUAUUCAUAUAUUUCGAAAUUUGAGGAAAUCCCAUGGUAUUACAGCCAGGAAACUCAAAGCGGCUGGUGAGGAAGCACAGAAACAAUGUAGGCCCACCGAAAAAGCAUCUGUUCUGGAUGAAAUAUACCGAGUAAGGGAGGAGGAGGAGCGUUAUGAGCGGGGAGAAAUUGACGCCGAUACAUUGAUUUAUGUUGUUAAACGAGAAAAGACGAAUCGCUGCGUUAGGGAGGAGCCAGAAACUGCAUCGGACUCCGAGCAACCUGGCUACAUCGACGAGACCAAUGAUUCUCGCGGGGGACAUGUAUCAGAAGUGGCGGGUUCAAGUAGGCCGCAAAAUAACUUACAAAUGCCACCCCAAACUCUACCGAUGCAUAACCGUGUUGUUCCCACCUUCGCAGAAACCAGGAAUACCAUCUUCUCGUCGUCGAUAUCAGGGCCUUUUGAAGCUGGAACACCGAAUUCUCUCUCACCUCUGGGAAUCAAACCCGACUACGAGGAAUUCACCCCUAUGGGAAGUCCCGCCUCAAUUGAUACGAGGGCAACUCUAUCUAAUGUCAACUAUUUUCAAGGAUUGCCUCAAUCCCCAGUCGAUGGUCAAUAUAUGAAUCCAAGAGGCUCCGUUACAGGAAAUCAGGCCGCGGGAAAUUAUGGUGCUUGGCCAGUGGCACCAGUGGCAUCUUUUCAACACCCAGGCUUUAUCCAAGUUGAAUAUGCAAGCAGCAAUGCAGGGAUGAUUCCACAACAAUUCAUGUCGCCCAUGAUGCCUUCAUCCCAUGCUUCUCUUCCUAUCCGUGACCUCCAGGAAACACGUUCGCAACAACAGAUGGGUGGUAGCCCUAUAUUUCACCCAUCGUUCCGCACAGAUUCCUAAAUCAUUAUUAUGUGAGGAUGGUCCCGACCCGCCUGAUGGCGGAACAAGGGAAGAAUAUAAAAUAGCUCUCUUCUCCUUUGAAUUGAUCUGAUCUGUCGCCAUCCAGGGGGGAAACUUCGAAUUAUCCUUUUGGAGCUAGCGAUCUUUUUUUUUGUCCUCACUCUUUCUGGGUCGGUUAGUAGUCUUAUACGGAACAGAUUUUGGGCGGCCAUCUGCUUUAGCUUUCAAGCGAGAAAAACGAUGCCAAAAAAUGGCAAACAAGGUCCGGUUUUUCUUUUAUUUUGGCGUUAUGGGUACAGUUUCCUAUUGUUUGGCACAUCUUUUCGUACAUAAUUCCCUUAAUCAACAACCCAACCACCCCACCCCCCGGUUUCGUUUCCCAAGACAACCGCUCCAACCACCACUAGCCAGAUCACCGGAUUUUAAUCUAACCGUCCGUGGCUGUGGUACACUUAUAUUCCAGCGCCGGAUAUAUCAUCAGUUUGAACUAUGGCCUCACAGGAAAGCAAGCAAAAAGUUCAACACGCAAGGAACACAUGUUCCAAUUUGACCAGUUCUCUUCUUAGGUUUUUGCUACUCUUUUCGGUUUUGUUAUUGUUCUUAUUCCGGUCUACUUGUCCUUUCGUGAAAUUUACCCUCCAUCAAGCCUUCGGUUACCAGCAGUUACUCUUUCUCCCCCUUCCCCCACCCUUCGCAAAAGCUGAAGUCGUAAAGCGUUUCUCUUGGUCGUUUCUCUUUUAUCUUCGGUCCACCAGCUGUUCCCGUGAAUUGUCCCUAAAACAGCCCCAAAGCUCUUUAUCGCCCUUUUUACCUGUACUGUGUUUUUCUUUUUCUUUUUUUUCUUUUUUUCCUUCCCCACCCUAUUUUUUGGGUCCUGAACCCCAAAUGCAAUAAUAUAACUUAUCCCUAUUUGAUGCCCCUUUUCUACACACAAAUAAUGGCCUACCAGAUCGAAGACACCUUCAGGCCCACUUAGCUUAGUUAUUCAAAUAAAAAUAAUACCAGACAUUCAAUACUCAUGAAGGGUCUUUUGGUGGUAGAUACGAUACAUGUAUAUUCCUGGCGAGAGUGAUGUUGAUCAAAAUGUCAAAAGAAUAAUCACCAUGUCACGAGUUUAGGGGGAAGAAAUUAAUCAAAUCCACAUUCCAUUUCAUUCGCAACAUGCCCAGGCCUAGGUGGGUUAUAUACGUGUGAAAAUAUUUCUAUGUUUAAUAUUGCAUCCACUUAACAUGGGCGAGUUCGAUCUUCAUGACGCUUUGCAAGUUGCAAUUCGAGCAAAUACAGAGAACAAUAAGAUGGCCUCUCGCCAACUUGCGCCCCAAGCAACCCAAAAGCAUAUGUUUCAUUUUUUUUACUGCUUCCACCCAUUCAUUCCUCUUUCCGAAUUCACCUAUCGCGCUGGAAUCAAGGCAGGAUCCAUUUCCUGGCGGCUAAGGUCAUGGCGGUCCUUGAACGAGUCGGUGAUCUCUUCAAGGCAGCCUGAGG